CGCGCCACGCAGUGCGCACCACGCUGUGCAGCAGGGAGGCAGCAUGGCGGACGACAGGAGCUCCGCGGAGUCCCGGCAGGAGGGGAACAGCGAUGCGGAGGAGGCGGCAGGAGAAGAGGAGCUCAGCCUGGAGGAGGUGCUGCGGCUCGGAGGAACCCAGGCGGAUUUCAUCCUCCUGGCCGGCAUCGAUGACUCGGCCGAGCUCGUCGACGGAGGGAUGAAGAACGCCAUCGACGACCUGGAGGAAGGAGAGCUGGAGAAGUUCAUCACCAAGCUGGGGAUCCGGAACCAUGCCGGGUUCCAGAACCUCCCAGACGAGCCGCAGGGCGCCGCCGCCGCCACGGACCAGCAGAAAGGCGGGAAGGCGGCGGCCACAGCGGCGGAUCAGGCGUCCAGCGCUCCGGUUAACAAGCAGCAGAAGAAGAAGAAGGAAGACGUUCAGGUUGUUCCUGCGGGGAAGAAGUCCAAGCAGAACCUGAACGUGUUUGAGUUCCAGCCGCGGCAGGUUCUGCUCAUCAAGCCCGGCGGGAAGUGGUUCGACCUGGAGUACGCCUCGGAGGUCACGGAGGCGCCGCAGGACCCGGCGCUGGUGUCGCGCUACAAGGCGCUGGCCCAGCGGCUCUACGAGGCCGAGGUGGACCUCUUCAGAACCAAGAAGAACCUGCAGAAGGGCGCCAACUCGGCCUGGAUGAAGACGGUGGUGUCGUCGGGCGUGCUGGCGGACAGGAUGGCGGCCAUGACGCUGCUGAUCCAGGACGCUCCGGUCCACAUGCUGGAGCACGUGGAGGCGCUGGUUUCCAUGGUGAGGAGGAAGGGCAGCCGGCGGAUGGGCCUGAUGGCGCUGGACACGCUGCGGGAGCUGCUGCUGUCCAACCUGCUGCCCGAGGCCCGCAAGCUCCGCCCCUUCGCCCAGCGCCCCUUCCACCUGCUGGAGGAGCGGGCGAGCGGCAACCGGGACGCCCGCGACCGCCGCCUGCUGCUCUGGUUCUUCGAGCACCGGCUGAAGCUGCAGGUGGCCGAGUUCGUGGCGGCGCUGGAGGAGGUGGGCCGCGACACGGUGGCCGCCACCAAGGCCAAGGCGCUGGCCGCCGCCCACGAGCUGCUGAGCUGCCGGCCGGAGCAGGAGGCGGCGCUGCUGGUCCAGGUGGUCAACAAGCUGGGCGACCCGGCGUACGGCACGGCGGCGCGGGCGGCGCACCUGCUGGAGACGCUGCUGCACCGCCACCCCAACAUGAAGGCGGUGGUGUGCUGCGAGGUGGAGCGGCUGAUGUUCCGGCCCAACGUGGGCGCCAAGGCGCAGUACUACGCCGUCUGCUUCCUCAGCCAGGUGAUGCUCAGCCACCAGGAGGCGCCGCUCGCCGCCAAGCUCAUCUCCCUCUACUUCUCCUUCUUCCGCGCCUGCGUGCAGAAGAAGGACGUGGAGUCCAAGAUGCUGAGCGCGCUGCUGACCGGCGUCAACCGGGCCUACCCGUACGCCGGCGCCGGCGACCAGAAGGUGAAGGAGCAGCUGGACACGCUGUUCCGGGUCGUCCACCUGGCCCGCUUCAACACGGCCGUGCAGGCGCUGCUGCUGCUCUUCCAGGUUCUGGACUCGCAGCAGAGCGUGUCCGACCGCUUCUACGUGGCGCUCUACAGGAAGCUGCUGGACCCGGGGCUGGCGGCCUCGUCCCGUCAGAACCUCUUCCUGAACCUGCUCUACAAGGCGCUGAAGGCGGACGUGGCGCUGCGGCGGGUCAAAGCCUUCAUCAAGCGGCUGCUGCAGGUCGGCGCCGAGCUGGGCGGCGGCUUCGCCUGCGGGGCGCUCUUCCUCGUGUCCGAGGUGAUGAAGGCCAAACCGGGCCUCCGGGUCCUGCUGCAGCAAGGAGAGGACGGGGAGGAGGAGUUCAAAGACGUCUCAGAGGAGAACCAGGAUGAAGAGGAGGAAGAGGAGGAGCGGUUUGUGGACGCAGACAAACUGGGUCAGGGCGUCGGUGUGGCAGAACCGGAGACCCGGCCCGCAGCAUCAUGGGUCCACCACCAGAACCUGGAAGGAGGGAGGAGCUGUCAGAACUACGACCCGCUGCACAGAAACCCGCUGUUCUGCGGCGCCGACCGCUCCACGCUGUGGGAGCUGCACCGGCUGGCUCUCCACUUCCAUCCGUCUGUGUCUCUGUUCGCUAAGACCAUCCUGCAGGGAGAAUCCAUCCAGUACUCCGGUGACCCGCUCCAAGACUUCACGCUGAUCCGGUUCCUGGAUCGCUUCGUCUUCAGGAACCCCAAACAGCUCAAAGGAAAACAAAACACGGAUUCUGCAGCUCUGAGGCCCAAACAGAGGUUCCCCGCCUCCUCCUUACCUGUGAACGGUGCCGAGUUCCUGUCCAAAGAGGAGAGCCAGAUCCCCGUGGAGGACGUCUUCUUCUACCGGUUCUUCAAGAAGCGGCAGCGGGAGAAACAGAACCGGCGCCAGCGGGCCGACGGAGACGAGGACAGCGUGGAGGACGUGGACGACGAGGAGUUUGAGGAGAUUCUCGAUUCCUUUGAGCAAGACGCGUACUUCACCGACGUGGCGGAUGAGGACCUGGACUUCGCCGGGAGCGUCAGGAGCAGCAAAGGGAAGAAGGCCCGGGAGGACUCAGAGGGUUCUGAUGUGGACGACCUGGACGAUGAGGAGGUGUCCCUGGGCAGCAUGGACGAGGAAGACUUUGGAGACGAGCUGGAGGAGGAAGGCGGGGCCUUCAUCCACCCUGAUGAUGAUGAUGAUGAUGAUGGUGUUCCUGAGCUGGAGGAAGAGGAGGAGGAAGGUCCAGACGAGGAGACGGCGGUUCUGGACGUCGCUCCCCGGACCAAGAGCCGGAAGAGGAAACCAGAGGAGCUGGACUUCUCCGGGUCUCUGGAGCGUAAGAAGGAGAAGAAGAAGAAGAAGAAGAGGGACGGAGCCAUGUUUGCUUCUGCUGAGGAGUUUGGUUCCCUGCUGGAUGAAAACUCGGACUCCAAGUUUGACAACAUCGGCCUGAACGCCAUGUCCAACACGGACAAAGCAGGCCUGAAGCAGCUGAGGUGGGAGGCCCAGAGGGACGACUGGAUCCACGGCCGUGACUCCAAGACGCUGCGCAGGAAGAAGUCGGGUCAGAGGAGGCCGGCGGGCCGGGCCCGGGUCGGCGCCGGUCCGUUCAGGAGGAGGAAGUAGCGGCUCAGUGGCGCUUGGCGGCCCAGGCCUCCUGGUCCCGCUCUCUGGUUCCGUAGACGCCGGCCCAUUCGUUGGAGCGAUAAUAAACUGAAGACAGGAGGACAGACGCUGCAGAGAUUCAUGUACAAAGUUUUACAAUAAAGACUCAAAUGUUUCCCUGAA